AUCCCCUUCCUUCUUCUCCGCGACCUCUCUCUCUCUCUCUCUCUCUCUCUCUCUCUCUCUCUCUCUCUCAAUCUCGCUACGUAGUACAUAAAAUGGGUGCAGUUGCAGGUCUAGGCGGAGAGUUCGCGGUGCAGUUGGGCAAGAAAGAAGUGGUGGCGGCAGCACUGCCCAUACAAGAGCAUUGGCUGUCCCUCUCCAACCUCGACUUGCUCUUGCCUCCGGUUGACGUAGGCGUCUUCUUCUGCUACACCAACCCAACCACCACCACCGCCUCACAGAGGCUGGGAUAUGGGUCCAUGGUUGGCAUUCUGAAAGCCGCCUUGGCCCAAGCUCUGGUUUCCUACUAUGCUCUCGCCGGAGAGGUGGUCCAGAACUCGGCGGGUGAGCCUGAGCUCCUGUGCAACAAUCGUGGGGUCGACUUCAUCGAAGCUUUCACAGAUGUAGAACUCCGCCAUCUCAACCUGUAUAAUCCCGACGAAACCAUUGAAGGGAAACUGGUGCCCACAAAGAAGCGAGGCGUGCUUGCUGUUCAGGCGACGGAGCUAAAGUGUGGGGGGAUAGUGGUGGCAUGUACGUUUGACCAUCGGAUAGCUGACGCCCACUCGGCCAACAUGUUCAUGGUGUUUUGGGCAGAGACGGCUCGCUCCGAUGCCCCGAUCUCGCUCCCUCCUUCCUUCCGCCGCUCUCUUCUCAACCCUAGGCAUCCGCUCUGCGUUGACCGUUCUCUAGACAGCAUGUACAUCCCAGUCUCCGCAUUGCCCCCACCUCCCCCGCAAAAGCAGAAGGCAGAUGAGGAAUGCGAGACGCCGACAUCGAGGGAUGACGACUGUCUGGUAAGCCGCAUGUACUAUGUGACCGCCGCCAAGCUAAGCGAGUUGCAGCAGAGGGCCUGCUCCAACGGAAGCAAGAGGUCUAAGUUGGAAUCGUUCAGCGCUUUCCUUUGGAAGAUGGUGGCGGAAUCCUCCUCGGUUGCUACUAAUGAUGACAACAAGACGAUGUCGAGGAUGGGGAUCGUGGUGGAUGGCAGGUGUAGGUUGAUGAGUCAGGGCGUGGACGACAAGCCCGCACCCAUGGCGUCCUACUUUGGGAAUGUGCUGUCGAUACCAUUUGGAGAGAAGAGGGCGAUGGAGGUGGUGGAGAAGCCGUUAAGCUGGGUAGCGGAGGCGGUGCAUGAGUUUGUGGAGAGUGCGGCGACGAAGGAGCACUUCCUGGACCUGAUAGACUGGGUGGAAGAGCACCGGCCAGUGCCAGCGGUGGCAAGGAUAUACUGCAAGCCCAGGAGCGAGCAGGAGGAGGAGGAAGGAUCGACGGCGUUCGUGGUGUCAUCGGGACAGAGGUUCCCGGUGACCGAGAUGGACUUCGGGUGGGGGAAGCCAGUGCUGGGGUCCUACCACUUCCCGUGGGGAGGGGAAGCCGGGUACGUUAUGCCGAUGCCCAGCCCGCUCUCCAACGGCGACUGGGUGGUCUACCUCCACCUCUCCCGGUCUCAGGUGGCCUUCAUUGAGUCCAAAGCUCCCACCGUCUUCAGGCCUCUGACCCCUCACUAUCUUCGCCUUCUUUGAUUCUUUUUUCUUCUUCGUCGUCGUCUGUAUGUACCCUCAUGGGUCUCAUCAACCCUGUCGUUCGUUGCUGUUUGUCCUAUUUGAUUAAAACCUUAUGUUCCUCGUGUAUUUUCUUACUGGAUCCUCAUGAUAUCACUUACUCACUGUCGUCUAAUGUCAUAAGCAAUUUGACCAA